AUGUCUUUUUUAACGGAAUAUUUCGAUGAAUAUCGGCAACAUCCCAUCAGGAAGACACAGAUGUGCCGUCCCGAAAACCGAUGGGCGAAACUAGAGGGAAAAUGGUUGGAUCCCAAAGUCGGAUCGGAAGAUAAAGCAUGGACCGACGAAGAAAUUGAAAAGUUCAUAAAGGCCACAAUGAAGAGCCUUCGCGGACAAUCCACUUAUUUCAACGACUAUUGCGCACAUCUCUCCCAAGAAUUCAAGACUCGUCCAUUCAAACCGCGUGAAAAAAGGCGUCGUUCAUGCAAACCCGAAGAAGACAAAGUAACAGAAGAAGCGCCAGCUCCACCGCCUCCUAAGCUGGACAUCAAAGACACCGAGUUGAUGAAGGUCGCCAAGGACCUCUACGAACGGGAUAUGAAUAAACCGACGCUCGAGCCUUUGAACACACAUUUUAGAAUCCUCGGCUACGUGCGUCCCUGUCUCUUCAAGACCGGUCUCAGUGAAUACCAGUACAGUACAGCCCGUGUCGCGUACGAGAUGAUAAGAGAUGACCGUAUUCCUCGUUACUACGCCCACAAUGGCUGCCGGCCUCGUUGGGGUCUACCGCCCGAGGGUACCAGGCAACCAGAGCUCGACGGAGCUCCGUACGAUGGCGAACGGUUGUACUAA